AUGAUUUUCGCCUUUUUCGCUUUGUCAAUGCUCGGGAUUUUAAUCACAAAACCUGCCCCAUGUGCCACUGAGGAGCAAUGUGCAAAUGGUCAGAUAUGUUCAGCGCAUUGGAUGUGUUGCGAGCAGGGGUGCUGCGACAUUGCAACGGCUCCGUCGCGACGUGACGCCUCCGACGAGACCGUCAAGGAGCACAGUUAUGGCUACCCUUGGUAUGCUCAAUGGCCGAUACUAUUUCUCCUGGGAACGUUGGGAGGUAUUUUAGUUUGUUGCGUGUGGUGUCUAUUCUUCAAGCGGUCGUCAGGACACGGGGUCUACAUGUGCUCCUUCGCAUGCUGCGUCCGGAGGCCGACAUCGGAACACGACUCGGCGGGAUCCGUGUACCCGCCGCCGCGGUACAGCCGCUGCGGAUCCUUCCACCAAGCCCCACCACCGUAUUCUGAAGUUGCUUCAAAACCGGACUUGUAUCCUCUAGUCAUCACAUGCGGAGAAGGUGAAGGGAAAGCGGGGAACUAUCUAAUGGUCCACUAUUUCAGAAACUACGUCAUACGCGGUCCAGGUUCUUUAUCAGCGACGAGUACUGCAGAAUCUCUUAGCUCUAGUUUCAUAUGCAACGCAGCAAAUGAGGCAAAUUCAAUUAUUCCACCGCCGUACUCGUGCGCGAGUAACUACGGGGAAUGCGGGGUGGGCUGCGGACCGCUCCUGCGCUCGCUGUCGUCUCUGACAGACCGUCACAGCGCCAACCCUCCGCGCUGUCCAGACGUGCUCGCCAACAGCGGCGCACGCGAGCGCGACCUCCACAACGAGCCCAGACCAGCGAGACUACGCGACACUCCACAGGCCUUCAGGGAGAAUCUUAUUACUUCUCCAGCGCAAUCCUUGGACCCUACAUUCGAUCUAGAACUCGAGCUUAUUGACUGCGAGAUGUACUGCGAUGGCGGCUGCAAACCAAGACUCGGUCCAUCUCCUCCAGUUCACCAGUCACUCUCUAACGUCGACGACACAGGGUACGAUAACGAGAGCUACAUUCUACGUCACACCCUCUUUGCACCCUCACCAGAACUGACUGGAGCCUGUGAGUCACCACCUCAACCCACUAGCCCCACACAGACGUCUAGGGAAUCUACUCUACGACGGGAGAACAAAUUACAUCGACGAGAAAAUGCUGUCAAGAUUAUUCGAAGACCACGAAAAUCGAGCUUAUAUAUGCCGUUAUCGGCUGCUUAUCCAGUUAGGAGUUCAAGAAUUUCACCUGGAACGCGCCCCUCCACAAGAGCUGCAUCCAGGUCGGCACCAGUAACACCGUGCGGUUCUUUGGUGCCAAAUCUCCUUAACUUCACACAGAGGCUAUCAGCAUCAAAACAUGGCUCCAGCUCUUUACAAUUUGAAGAAGAGUGUGAUCCGCUGCUGAAUGAUAUAGAACACACGCGUACCGACCAUAAAUUUUAG